AGAAUGAGUAGUCAGAGCAACAACAAUGGUGAUGGUGGUCGAAAGUAUGAAGACGAUGACGAUGAUUAUAUAGCAAUGCGUGAAAGGAACAAGCAAAGAGAGAUUGAAAAGAUUGUAAAGGAGAAGGCUGGUGAACGAGAUAGAUAUGGUGAUAGAGAAAGACGUGUAAAUGAAAGAGACUAUGAUAGAGAACGUGAAAGAAGGGAUACUGGCCAUCAAAGAGAUAGAGGCGGAGAUCGAGGUGGAGACAGAGGUGGAAGAUAUAAUGAUCGAGACAACAGAGAUAACAGAGACAACAACAAUAGAGAUAGAAACAACAGAGACAAUAGAGAUAAUGAUAGAGAUGGUGAUAGAGGAGGAGAUAGAGGUAGAGAAACGAGGAAGAGGUGGUGGUCGUGGUGGUCCCAGGAAGAGGUGGAUAUCGCGAUAACAAUGGUGGUGGAGACAGAAGAGAUCGCAAGAGGAGUAGAAGUAGAAGCACCAGUAGAAGUAGGAGUAGGAGUAAUGAAAGAGAUCGUAAGAAAGAACGUGUCACACCACAAAAGUACCAAUCAUCCUCUUCGAGUAAGACUGAUUCAUCAUCAUCAUCAAAGAGCAAUGAUAAGAAACAAGGCGGCGAUCUCUCCACUACACCAGUACCCUUGCCAGAGGACUCUGGUUUGGAUCAAGAGGAGGCAGAACUAA